CUGGCCAUUAUAACUUGGUCUUCCUUCCCGCUCUCUCUUCGUAGAAAAACAGAGAGAAAAGGGCGAUUUUUAUACAAUUUCACAGACCAAGUUACAGCGGUUAUGGUAUGUUCCAAUUUUGAAAAUUCAAUUUCGUAUUCACAUUUGUACCGCGAAGCGAAGAGGACGUUUCCCGCGUGAACUUUUGUUUUUAAUUUUUACUUUUUUUUUGUGUUUUCGGUGGCCAGUGUCUUUAUAGUUUUAAGAAGUUUUAGUGUUGGAUUGUUUUUUAUAUUUUAUUGUAUUAAAUAAUGGAUUUUCGGAUAGACUUAACGUGAGCUACAAGAAAAACUGAACAAAAUGGCGGAAAAUGAGGGUCCUGUGGUUGUGGAAGACCUGCCGAUCUCAUUCCAGGUGAAAUACCUCGGUCAGAGCGAUGCUCGAGGGCUGUGGGGUAUCAAACAUACGAGGAAGCCCGUGGACCUGAUGGUGGCUGCGGCUAAGGCUCUACCACCAGGUCAAAUCCUCCCCAUCGUGAAACUGGUGAUCACAGUGGACGGCGUCCACCUGGAGAGCAUCCACCACGGCCCCAAGCGGGACUUCGAGCACAUGUCUGUCUUCUUCAACAUCGAGUCCAUCUCCUACGGCGUCCAGGACUUGGUCUACACGAGAGUGUUCUCUAUGAUCAUCGUUAAAGACAACGCUGAUGUCAAGGGCUUGAAUCCCUUCGAAUGUCACGCCUUCGUCUGUGAGUCUAGAAACUCGGCGAGGCGACUGACGUAUGCGCUGGCAGCUGCUUUCCAGGACUACUCUAGACGGGUUAAGGAACUGCAGACCACUCCAGAACUGGACGAGAGGCCCCCCAGCCUAAAAAAGCGGUUUGCGAUCGACCUGCGGACGCCAGAAGAGAUCGAGGCAGACUUGGAGACCGAAGCCUAAAUCUGUCAGAACAAAACUUAAUGUUCC